UUCCAGAACAGAUAAUCUGUGAGAGACGACUAAAAAAAAACAAGAAAAUGCCACAGAAAGGGGACAUGGUGAGAAAAAUGGAGGAUGUGGGGAUCGAUAUCGACGGUGCAGUGGAGAGCGGGGGUGAAGAGGACUCCAAGAAAAAGGGCAAAGGGAAGAAGAGCAGCAAGAGGGGCAAGGGAAUGGAGAGCGAGGACGGCGAGGGGGGAGACGAGGGCGAGGAGGGGGAAGACGGCUCUCCCAAGAAGAAGCAAGUCGGCCGCAGGAGGGGCAGGCAGCCAAUCGUAGACAACAGCGACGAGGAGAACGGGGACGCCUCCAACGGCAGACGGCGCGGAAGGGCAAAGAGGGGCAAGAAGGGCUCAAAGAACAGCACUGAGGAGGGCGAGGCGGAGGAGGAGCUGGGAGAGGAGGACGCGGACGGGAAGGGCGGCAAGGGGAAGGGCAAGAGGGGAGGAAAAGGAGGGAAGGAGGAUGCCAAGGGCAAAGGCAAAGGGAAAGGCAAAGACAAGAAGAAAGGCAAAGGAAGCGGCUCCGACUCUAAAAGCUCGGAUGAUGAGGACUCCAUGUCGGAGGGCGAGAUGGCACUACUGAUGGAGCAGGUGGAGGAGAAGAAGAAGCUGAUUGCCAACAUCAGGAACAAGCCCUGGCGCAUGCAACGCAGACUAGAAGUUCUCCGGGAAGCCCAGGUGUUUGUGGAUAAGUUUGAAGGAGCGCUGGGGAAGGGGAAAGGCAGAAAACUAUACGCCUACAAAGUCAUGAUGAUGAAGAAAUGGAUCAAGUUUCAGCGAGAUUUUGAGAACUUCCGGACAGCCUGCAUACCAUGGGAGAGGAAGAUCAAAGAAGUGGAAAGUCACUUCGGCUCAUCGGUGGCGUCCUACUUCAUCUUCCUGCGCUGGAUGUACGGCCUGAACCUGGUGCUCUUCAGCCUGACCUUUGGCCUCGUCGUACUCCCAGAGGUGUUAAUGGGACUGCCGUAUGGGGCCAUACCACGGAAAACAGUACCGCGCGCCCAGCAGGAUACCGCCAUGGACUACUCUGUGCUGAUGGACUUUAAUGGUUACUGCAAGUAUUCUAUACUCUUCUAUGGGUACUACAAUGACAAGAGAACAGUAGGGCCCCUCAAGUUCAGGCUGCCCCUGGCUUACCUGAUGGUGGGCAUAGGGACCUUUGGCUACAGCCUCAUGGUGGUCAUCAGAACGAUGGCUAAGAAUGCGGAUGUAGGGGGAGGGGAUGAUGCAGAUAAUGAGUUCACCUUCUCCUGGAAGAUGUUCACCAGCUGGGACUACCUAAUCGGCAACCCGGAGACAGCCGACAACAAAUUCGCCUCCAUCACCACAAGCUUCAAGGAGUCCAUUGUGGACGAACAAGAGAACCAGAAGGAUGAGAACAUCCACCUGCGUCGGUUCCUGAGGGUGCUGGCCAACUUCAUGAUCACCUGCAUGCUGGGGGGCAGUGGAUACCUUAUCUUCUUCGUGGUCAAGCGCUCGCAGGAGUUUGCCCUUCGGGACGACCUCAGCUGGUACGAGAAGAAUGAGCUAGAGAUCGUCAUGUCUCUGCUGGGUCUGGUGUGCCCGCCCCUGUUUGAGACCAUCGCUGAGCUGGAGGACUACCAUCCACGUAUCGCCCUCAAGUGGCAGCUGGGCCGCAUCUUCGCCCUCUUCCUCGGGAACCUCUACACAUUCCUCUUCGCACUCUUCGACGAGGUCAACAAUAAGCUAGUGGAGGAGCAGGAGAUAAGGAACGCGUCCAUCUGGUUCCUGAAGGAGUACCACGCCAACUUCUCGCUUUACAGCAAUGACAGCGAGGCCACGCCUCCACCCAUUGACCCCGCAGAUGCCAUCCGCGGGCCCUGCUGGGAGACCAUGGUUGGCAUUGAGUUUGUGAAGCUGACAGUGUCCGACAUCCAGGUAACCUACCUGACCAUCCUCAUUGGAGACUUCCUCAGGGCCUUCAUCGUACGCUUCCUAAACUACUGCUGGUGCUGGGACCUGGAGGCCGGCUUUCCUUCGUAUGGAGAGUUUGAUAUCAGUGGAAAUGUCCUGGGUUUGGUCUUCAAUCAAGGAAUGAUUUGGAUGGGGGCAUUUUACGCCCCGGGUCUGGUGGGCAUCAACGUGCUGCGUCUGCUGAGCUCCAUGUACUACCAGUGCUGGGCCGUGAUGUGCUGCAACGUGCCCCACGAGAGGGUCUUCAAGGCCUCCAAGUCCAACAACUUCUACAUGGGGCUCCUGCUGCUCAUCCUGUUCCUCAGCCUGCUGCCCGUCGUCUAUACCAUCAUGUCCCUGCCACCCUCCUUUGACUGUGGCCCCUUCAGUGGUAAAGAAAAGAUGUUUCAUGUUGUUAUGGAGACCAUCGAAAAAGACCUGCCCAGCUUCGUAGGAACGCUGUUUGGCUACGUGGCAAACCCAGGCCUCAUCAUACCCGCUGUCUUGCUCAUGGUCCUUGCCAUAUAUUACCUUAACUCGGUGUCCGAGGCCUACAUGCAUGCCAACAACGAGCUGAAGAAGAAGAUGCAAAUGGCCAGAGAUGAGGAGAAGAACCGACGGAACAAUGUGAACAGCACCAACGAGGUGGAGAAGGACCUGCUGGACCUGCUACCCCUGGGCCACCCCCUCAAGUCACUAAUGACUGAACCCGAACCAGAACCAGAACCAGAAGAGGAGCCUGAACUGGAGGUAGAAGAGAAACCGAAGAAGAAAAAGAAGAAGAAACCCAAAGUUGAAGAAGAAGACGAGGAAGAGGAGGAAGUAGUGGUCAGGGAACCCAAGAAGAAAAAGAAGCGGCCCGUCGAAGAUGACGAUGAUUAUUAA